AUGGCGCCAAUCUUGCAAACCUUGGUACUUGGCAGCAGUAUCUCGUUCUCAUUCAUUCUUGCUGGCAAUGCAAUCACUCAAUCCUUCAUGACAGUUCCAGCUCUCCUUGUUGGCUUUCCAAAUUCCACAUCGCCAGACUAUUCCUCCAAGUCAGCACUUCUCGGUCGACAAUGGGGAGUCUGCUGGACUGCAGGAAAUGUGUUUUUUCGACCUAUCAGUUCUCUUGGUGCUCUGGGCUAUGCCUUCACCACUUAUUCUGCCUACGCCUCUGCAACCACGAAAGCUGACUGGAGAUUGUUUGCUAUUGCAGCUCUGAUGCAUGUCGUUGUCAUCAUUCAUUCUGCUGUCAACAUGCAGCCAUUAAAUGAUAAGAUUGCAUCCCUUGAUUCGGAAUCGAAAGGGAAAGAUACUCUUGACUUGGGAGCCGAGACUUUGUUGAGGAAAUGGGGCAAGUUGAAUUAUGUGAGAAUUGUUUCUCCGCUCAUUGCAGGGACUUUUGCAUUAUCUCAACUUUUUCUUUGA